GACAUUGUCUAUGUCUUCAACUACCAGAGCAUUUUCUUGCCCUUCCUAUUACUCCACAUAUUCUUCUCUGUCACCAACAAUAUCUUUGGUCAGGUGCUGCAAAAAUGUGGACUUCUUGUCACUUUCCUAUAGUUACUGUCUUGCUUCGAGUUUCAAGAUCACCGAGACUAAUAUCUCGAGAAGAAAAUCUAUGGGGAUUCGGAUGUCUUGGGAUGGCCCUCUCUCUUCCGUCAAACUCAAAGUCCAAGGCAAACACUUUGAGUUAACACCUGCUGUAAGAAGCUAUAUUGAGGACAAGUUGGGUAGGGCAGUUCAGAAGCAUAGCCAUCUGGUGAGGGAAGUGGACGCUAGGUUGUCCGUGCGUGGUGGUGAGUUUGGGAAAGGCCCAAAAGUUCAAAGAUGCGAGGUGACUUUGUAUACAAAGAAGCACGGUGUUGUUCGUGCAGAGGUUGAUGCAGAGUCGCUCCACGGGAGUAUUGACUUGGUGUCAUCAACUGUACGGAGAAAGCUGCGGAAGAUUAAGGACAAAGAUUCUGAUCAUGGUCGGCAUAUGAAAGGCUUCGACAGACAGAAGGUUGGGGAUCCAGGUGCACUAGCAGGACCAGAAGCGGGGGAGCCACUUUCUAUAGAAGAAGAAAAACAAGAGAAUGAUGAUGAAGGCUUCAUUGGUGAGAUUGUUCGCAAAAAGUACUUCGACAUGCCACCAUUGACUGUAAAUGAAGCAAUCGAGCAGCUAGAAAAUGUGGAUCAUGACUUCUAUGGUUUUAGGAAUGAGGAAACUGGUGAAAUCAACAUUGUCUAUCGCGGAAGAGCUGGGGGCUAUGGCCUUAUUAUACCAAAGAGGAAUGGGGAAGUGGAGAAGUAUGAGGGUGUUUAGGCCGAGUCAAUCAAGAAAGCAUCCCAGGCUUCCUAGGCGUAUUGGGGGGAAAUGGGAAACCGAUGCGGAUGUGUUUUUUUGUACUUUUGGUAUAUUAGUGGAUAACAGUAAUGCUCUUCAGCAAAUUCUAAUUUUUCUUAUAGUUGGCAGACAUAUUUGACAAGAUUAAGACGAAGUAGAAGAAUGAAGAUGCUCAUAUUCAGUAUUUCUAGAAAAUUCCAG